CGCUCCGGUCGGGUCCCCCUUCCAGAAAGGCGGCUAGGCGGUAGGCGCAGACGAGACGAACCGCCACCGUCGUUGUUUGUGUCCCGUCAGUCGAAGUCAUUUGAGUGAAAGAUAACGCGCGUUUGGAUUGUGUUAUGUCUUUUAAACAUUAGCUAGGCGCGGCGCGGCUACAAAAACGACUUCAAUUACUAAUGCUUUGUCUUAUCGUUUGAUUACUUGUUCCGAAACACGUCUAUUUUGUAUCGAGUUUGUGAGCGAUCAAUUUCGUACCGUCGAUAUUGUAAUAGAUCCAAUGCAGCAAAGUUAUUGAAAUGUAGUGUUAUUGUUAUUUGAUCGAGCACAAGGUGUCAUUGGAAAUAAUCGGUCAUCCGUUUCAUUCUGUUGUGUGUAGGGCGCAACGAGAGUGUCAUCCCGUGUGCGUAGCUCCAAAGGACUGUUAACCUCUAUGUAACGUGUUAAGUGAUAAUAAGGGUGAAAAUUCUAGACCGUUCAGUGAGGUGGAAAACAUCGUGCAGUAUCCGUGGUUGGCACCCAUUUACUCACCGGAACAGCCAAUGUUAUUUUAAGGUGCUCCCGUGGCCCUUUAAGGGAAUCCAGCAAUGGUGGACUACUACAGGGUUUUGGGCGUUACUAAGGUUGCCACAGAGACUGAAAUUAAGAAAGCGUACAGGAAACUAGCCUUGAAAUGGCAUCCCGACAAAAACCCAGACAAUGCGGACGAGGCAAAUCGAAAAUUCAAAGAGAUUUCCGAAGCCUAUGAAGUUUUAUCAGAUGAAAACAAGCGGAAAUUGUAUGACGCCCGCGGAUCCAGUCACCACAGUCACAGAUAUACGAGCAAGAACGGAGUCAAUGGCCAUCGGCACUAUAGCUUCAAAGGGUUUUUCGGAGAUACGCCUUUUCAUCGAUUUUUUGAAAGGAAGAGGCGAGUGUAUGACCAGUACGGCAAAGAGGGUUUGAACAACUCCCGCGGGCGGCGCUCGGCUGCGGACGAUGACUACGACUUCGGCUAUUCGUCUUUCCCCUUCACAUUCCGAGACCCAGAGGAUGUCUUCAGAGAGUUCUUUGGUGGUUCACCGUUCGGCGACCUGUUUGCUGAAAUAAACGGGCACGGACACCGACACGGGCACGUGCGUCGCGGGCACGGGGUGCACGGGGGGCAGCACGCGAGCACGUCGCUGACGUCGUCGCUGUUCAGCCCGUUCGGGUUCGGCGUGGGGCUGGACGACCUGUUCGCGCGCGCCUCCAACGGCAACUCCUUUACCUCCUUCUCCACGUUCAACAGCUCGCUGGCGGGCCAGGGCGGCGGCAACAUGCGCAGCACCACCACCACCACGAGGGUCGUCAAUGGCAAGAAGAUUACUACUAAAAAGGUAACAGAGAACGGUCGGGAGACGGUGAUGUCCUACGAAAACGGGAUUUUGAAAUCAAAGACUGUCAAUGGUGUACCUCAAUCUCUAACCUACAGUUAAACGUUAAUUAUAGUUCAUUGUAACCAAACUUGAUCCAAAUGACAACUCUUUACUCAAGAUGAUAAGCUAAUGUUCCAUCUUAUAAUUCUGCUUUAAUUUUUUUGGUCAAAUUGUAAAUUUGCUGUGGUAAAACCUAAAAUUUACUUAUACUAGUUGUGAUAGUUAAUAUUUGGGCAUAAUGCAUAACAAAUUAUAAUUUACAGUACAAUUAAAGGACUCGCUUCAACUCCUUUUUCUAAAAAGAAACUUGUACUUGUAUGACAAGGUACAGGUAGGCGAAUAAUGAUAAUAUAUGACAAUCAUUACAUUAUGACUUUCAAUAAUUAUGUCAAACAAAGGGACCCCAUUUUUAUAGUAUUUCUUGAGGUUACUUUCAAUUAAUAAUUCAGGCAAAAGUAUCGUUAUUUAUGGAAUAGAGAGUCAAAUAUCAGAAUGGAAAUUGUAUAACAAAUCCAUUUAAACUCAAAUUUGAAUUGUUUAUCGUAAAAAAAUUAAAAAAAUCUUACUUCGAACGUAAAAUGCUCUAGUGCAGACACGUAUCAUUUUCUGCACACCUUUUAGAACAACAAUGACUCUCUUUCAGAGCAUGAGAAAUGAAAACUUUGUUAUGCAAUAGGACCCAAUAUAACAUUUAUGAAUAUUGGUUAUCAAUUAUUAUACUAUGUGAACUUCCUUAAUAUUCUUUCGCUCAGGCCUGCCUGACCUGCUAAAUACAUUUUUUAAAGGGGCGGUAUCAGUUAUGUUCACAAUUAAUUGAGUUUAAACUUAGCUUUUAAAUGUCACGAGUACUGAGGUAUCAUGUUCGCUCAUGUCACGUUUGUGUUCUGUGAAACGACGCACGCGCGCUUUUGCUGAUCUCGACGUGAUUUUUAAUCUAAAUGUACUGAUUAGGUGUCUCUGCUCUCGGGACACCAUAACUGCUGCCAAUUCUUUACUUAUUUUAAUAGUUAUGUAGUUAGUAUUUAAUCAUUUAUUUUUGCGACUUUAUAUCAUGAUGGUAAAGAAGCAUAAUUGUAACUACAUAUGUAACUUCUUUAAUGUUUUUAAAAUAAUCUAAAUGUACGCAAUCAUCUAGAAUGUGAGUCGCCUAUGACUGCCGUCGACCAUACUCGUAAACACUCGAAGCUUUAAGAGGACUGUCUCGGGUAUCAGGCCAGCGUCGAACGACGCACCCGACCGUACUAACUAUUAGGUAGCUAUAAUUCUUAGAAAAGUCCCGUAAUCGUAGUAAUACAAACGAACUAUUAAUCGAUAUCGACAUUUCUGCAUUUAACGGGCAAUCAUAAAAAGAUUGAAGGCACUUUACGAAAUUACCGAAACGCGGCCUCAUUUUGAAAUUAUCAUUCCUGGUGUUUCUUUAUUUCACUUGUUACUAUUAAUAUGUUGAAGCCAAAAAAAUCGCUUUUAAGUACGUAUUGUUAAAGUUUUAACGGCACCCUUAUGCCUCUCUGACCUAAAGGCUCCAGAAGGGCUUGUAAUUGUAUCACCCCUAUUUAAAAUCUUAACUAGUCAGACCAUUCAGAAAUUGCCUUAAUUAUUAGUUUUAUUUUAAUUAUUUUACCACACAAUUUUAAGAAUUAGGAUUUAACAUCAAAUGAGACGAUCAGCAAAAGCCCUUCGUAGUAUGUGAACCACAAUAAAUCAUAAAAUUUUAGAAUAGCUCUGUACUUAAAAUAACUGCUUUUAAUUUCUGGAUUAGAAAUAUUAGUCGAGUCCCCUGCAAGAUCGGUUCUCCAUACAAACGUACUUACGCUCUAAUUUGAAAACGACUAGCUAGAUUGCUCUGAAACUUUGUACUAACAAUAGGAUAAGGUAUAUCUAUAGGUCUGCAAUUAGUUCAUGUUAGAGAUGGUUCAUGUAGCUUCAGAUAUUAUAGUAAAAAAAAUACAGCGAAUUUAAGUUUUUCAUACUAGAGCACAAUAGUUAUUAAUAUUCAUGUUAACGGCUCUUACUUGGUCCAGCAAAUACCGCUGGCCGUGCAACGCGGCAAUGCCGCUAACAUUUUUGGCACGUUUGGACCAGGUGACAGUCGGAACGGGACAUAGGCCUUUUGUUUACCUACCUAUACAUUACUAGAGAUAUAUAAACUAAUUACAGGCCUAGAUAUACCUCAUGUCACUGUGUGCAAAGUUUCAUUACAAUCCAACACGUAGUUUUAAAAUGAGAACGAAACUCCGUUUGUAUGGGAAGGUUUUUCGGCCGAGCUUACCGGGGACUUGAAUACCUUACAAAGUCGUAAGGGUAGUCCGUAUAAAUAUAUCAGCGCUUUGCAUCGGAAGUCGGCCUUCUCUAGUAGUGCCAUUGUAAUCCUUUCCAAAUCGAGAUUCAACAACUAGGAUAAUGUAUAUAUGUUUAAAGUCUCACUAGUAUAACGAAGACUUUGAAAUGAUCUCGUUUUUCAUAAAUUUGUCAACAACUGUUUGAGCACUGCGAGGGAUAUGGAUAAAUAAAAAUACUUUAAUACUA